AUGUCUGAUCUCGCGUUUUCAGCGUCAAACGACAUGCCAGAGGCCGGAUCCUCCAAGCCGCGAUACACGCCGCCACCACCUCCUCCGCCUCGAUCAGAGAUCUCAGAAAUCAUCAUGACGGACGUGUCUGUGAACAAAGGAGAAGGUGGUGGAAGACCGGAUGAAGCGGCAGAGCUGCUUCUGAGCAUUUCCUCAGUGGCGGAUGAAAGAUCUCCAGCUGUACCUCUGAAAGAAUUGGAGAUCAAGGAGGAUGUCACUUCUGGCCCGGAACCCAUCUAUCCUUAUACACCUCCUGAUGAUCCACAGCCGCAGUACUCCACAUCACCUCGAGUGCAACCCAUCCCGAAUUCUAUACUCCCUCCUGAUUCCGAACUCAACCCAACUUCCACGCCUUUAUCCUCCGAUCCGACUCCUAAAUCCGCCAAAUCCAAACGGAAACGUAGUGCUCCUGUCAACAGAAACUCGUCUGAGCGUCGCUCUACCGAUCCACCGCGGCCAGCGCAUUGGAUGGGAGAGGAUAAUACCCAGAUCCGAUGCAUUUGUGGCUUUGACGAGGACGAUGGAUUCACCAUACAGUGUGAAGGCUGUGGUGCGUGGGAACAUGGAUCAUGUUUUGGAUACCUGGACGAAGCCACCGCUCCGGAGACAUACUUCUGCGAACUGUGCGUCCCCCGCCCAUUCGACGCAGCGGCUGCAAGGCAGCGGCAACUACUGGCGAGAGCAGAACCAGACCGAGGUCUCUCGAUGCAAGUGGAGAUAGCUGUCUCUGAAACGAUACUCCAACAACAGAAAGAUAGGCCCAAACCUCGCAACAAGCCUAAACGUCCACGACAGAGUACUGUGGAUGCUGAAAUUCAGGAUGCCAAAGCUGCUAGCCCGGGCGUGAUGGGUCCGCCAAGUACGAAGCCGAAACGCAAACCCUCUGCCAAUAAACCUCGAUCAAAGUCAAAUGCGAAUGCCAAUGAAUCAUCCGGCCCUGGAGUAUCUUCUUUCCCCUUCAAAGACAUUGCCACGGUCGAGGUGGAACACGAGUACUUUCGCGAUCCUUGGAAGAUGGAGUACACUCCGAUAUCCAACAACAUCGCCUUCACCAAACGAGCCAGAAUGAUCAUGGCAGAGUUCUUUGAGGAAUGGCGCGACGCGGAUCUGGAGGAAGCUCCGGUUUCCAAGCGGACUAUUGUCGACUCGUCUGGAUUACCAUCACCUACAAAUACCGGCGCAAGUCGACUUUCUCCAGAACAUGGUUUCCUCACACCCGAUUUCGAUAUCCUCGCGCCUCCUGUCCCUCCCGUCUUCUUGUCACGUACCGAUCUUGACUCUCUUGCGCCGUCGGUCAGCGUCAAAUCCAUCAAGGAUCAUCACUCGUUUCUCCCUCUCAAUUACGCCGAAGAGGAUGUCGGUGGCGGAGUCUAUACCCGGCCCGCGGUUUAUGGUGUCUUUGUCAAUGAACGUAUAGCAUCUGGCGCCUUUGCAGGCGAGUUCAGAGGCUCGAUCGUGGACUGCGAGACGUAUCGCAAGGAUCCAAUCAACCAAUACGCUGGUCUGGGAAUACCCAAGCCGUUUGUCCGAUCGGUUGGACCACCUUUGAAUCUCAUCAUUGAUGCGCGGGGAUACGGCAACGAGCUACGUUUCACUCGAAGCGGAUGUCAUCCGAACGUUGUGCUCCGGCCGCUCAUGUGGAGAAAGGAGACGGGUGAACCUAGACUGAAGUUUGGCCUGUUUGCCAGUCGUGCGAUUGACAAGAAUGAAGAGUUGAUCCUCGGAUGGGAAUGGGACGAUGCGCAUGUGGUGCACUCCAUACAACACGUCGUCAUGUCCCUCCUCUCCCUCUACGGCGACCACACGCUAUCCGAUGCGACCCUCCAGCACUUGGUCAAUAAGUACGAUUCCGUCCUCAGUCACAUGUUUGGCACAUUCACUGCCUGUGCUUGCCGAAAGGUGACGCACUGUGCCGUUCACCAGAUGCGUUUGGUCGCAUCGUACCAGUCACCCAAGGUCGAGAUCGUUCGUGGAAAGGCCAAGCUGGACUUUGGAGAACUCAUUGGAGCCGUUCGAGGCUGGAGGAGAAAUGAGAUAGACAUGGAGAACAGCAAGCGAUGGCACACGAUCCGCGGGGAAGAGAUCAACGUGCGAGAGAGAUCUAGAUCGAGAUCUGUCUUGCCCUCUGAUGCGGACACAAGGACAGGCGAUGAAAGCGCGAGCAUGGAGAUGGAGAUGGAUGCACAAUCCUCAGAGAAGGAGGAAACUGAAGAGGUUGAGCCAGUCGAGGAGGAGGAGGAAGAACCGGAGGAGAUGGCAGUGGACAUGACGGUCGAAAAAGACGGUGUCGACCCUGUGCCAUUCUCGUCCUCACUGUCCUCUGUCCCGGGCACGGAGAUAGCUGUCGCUUCCUCUCGUCCUUCUGAUCUCCUGGAGCCGAUUGACGAAAUGGGGGGGAACGAGGCAGACGAUGGAGACGUCUCGGACGCUACGACCGCCACAGAACCUAGAAGUCAUUUCUCGGAUGAUGAGUUGGACAUUCCUCGGUCUCGACGUCAAAAGGACGAGGCUCCGACAGCCCGAUCCCCCUUGAAGAAGACGGUCAAAUCACAGACGCCUGUCAGCGGCCGAAAAGCAGCGAAAAAGGGCGCCAAGGUGGAUGAAGCGAAGCCCACCAGAGGCGAGGGUACUGGCCAAAAUCGCAUAACUCCAGCUCCAGCUCGCCGUGGACGGAAGGUCAAUCGCGUCGCUUCCUCUGGAUCAGAAGACGAAGUACCUUUGCGGAAGAAGCCAUCUCGCAAGUCUUUAUCCCAGAUCAAACCCGACGCUCUUGCCUCCUCAUUAUUCAGUGAUGAGGCUGACAAACUUGCCCGAGUGCCUGAACAGACGAUCGCGCCGAUGGCUGAAGCACUGGAAAUCACUGAUGCUCCUGCCGAUGUGGCAACCGAGGAGUUCGUUCCGACCGAAGAGGCACGAAUGGAGAAGGACGCCGUUGCACCGAAGGAACCGACUCCUCCGCCCGCCCGUGAACCGACACCGCCACCUCGUGAACCUACCCCUGAGCCUCCAAAAAAGGUUUCCUUAUCUGAUUAUCUCAAAAGUCACAAGAUCCGUAAAGAGAGUCAAAUAUCGGUCCCGCCUACGCCAACUGAAGAGAUCAAGGAGUUGCCGGUCCUGGAGACUGCGGAGCGCAAGAAUGACACGGAGACUGUAUCGACCGUGGAGGAUGUCAAGGCGGAGCCGGGAGCUGUGGCUCCAGCUCCUUUUAAUUUCUCAGACUUCCUUCCCGCUGCCAAGCCGACUGUUCUCACUAACGGGUACGAUCAUCUCAAUGUCUCUACUCCGGUCGAUUCGCCAAAGUCUGUCACGGGCUACACACCAGGUGUCACCCCGACAGCCCGGUCUGAUUACUUCCCGGCUCAGUCCACGCCUAGUACUUUUGUUCCUCGUCAGAACUCGGCGUACACUCCGCGACAGAACAUGACAGUUUCGACAGAAGAGUCUCAUCCAGCAGCGGCGCCGAACUCGACCUAUGUACCACGUCAACCUUCCGUCUCUUCAUCUGAUCAGCGGGUUGUCUCGGCCGAAGACACGCCUUCUCGACCCCCAGUCUCGACGACAUAUGUUCCGCGUCAACAGACCCAAGACGAGUCUGCGCGAUACGGCAUGACUCCUCCCAAACCCACUAUCCCACUGGCUGCUGAGUUGACUGGCCUCGCCGAUCGUCAACAAUUAAACACACCUCCCGCUGGACCCCGAAUGCCACCCACUGGACCUAAGGCGCAUAAUCAAGCUCCACCCACAGGUCCAAGGAGCACUUGGAAGUCUCCUGGCGCUGCUACUAUAAGCAAUCGAGGACCAGAGGAAAACCGAAUGUGGGGUAGAGGACGCGGAGGCUAUCCUGGAAGAGGGAGAGGCAGGGGCGGUGGGUUUGGUGCGGGCAGCAUGCCACUUGGGCCUGGGCCUGAAGAUUCAGAUUGGGAUAACCGUCUUGGUCGUGAUCGUGAUCGAGACGAGUUCCAUCACGAUCGAGAUGACAGUCUCAGGAAUGGACCUGGAGCUGGGUCGACCCGAGGAGGAUAUCGUUCUUCGCGAUAUGAGCCCUGGGCUUUUGGAAAUUCAGUCAAUCGGGGAGGUAGAGGCGGACAUGCGAGGUGA